ACAGUCGGGGACAGACAGGCUGGAUGGUUGGAGUCCAUCUGAGAGAACAUUUGGAGAAACUACCUCACCUGUACUCAGGAUCUAGUUGGACACCUGCCCCCCCGUCCUGCAGCUGUGAGGACAUGCGUCUCCUUCCCGUGGCUUCGCUCUACAUCUGCCUCUGGUUGGUGGAGUGGAGCCGGUGUGACGGCAGCCUUCAGUCCAGCAUGGCGGAGCUCCACGGCCGCUUCGCCGUCCGCCUCUACCAGACGCUCACCGAGACGGAGAACAACUCCAACCUGAUGGUGUCUCCGGCCAGCGUGUCCCUGUCUCUGGGGCUGCUGCAGCUCGGGGCCCGGGGCAACACGCUGGCUCAGCUGGAGGCCUCGCUGGGAUACAACGCGAAGGACGUCCAGGUCCAGGACUUCCUGCUGCGUUCCCACAGAGACGGCAGUAACAGCAGCUCCAUGCUGCAGCAGACCGUCACGCUGUUGGUGCAGAGCGGCGUCCAGCUGCUGGCCGACUUCACACAGCGAGCAGCGGCCUGGACCGACGGCGGCCUGCUCCGAACCGACUUCAGCCGAGCCAACCACACGGGACACCACGCCGAUGAGCCGUGGCCCCUCCAGGCAGGAAGCAGCAGUGGGGAGCUGUCUGGCUCCGGUGAGCCCCAGGCCGAGGCCCCGUGGUGGGGCCGUCGGCUGCAGAUGGCGCUGCUCAACACGGUGGUGUUCAGGGGCGUCUGGCAGAAACAGUUCCUGUUCAGCAGCACACAGAACCUGCCCUUCAUCCUCUCUGACGGGACCGCCGUCAAGGUUCCCAUGAUGCACCAGGCCAGCGAGGUCAGCUUCGGUCAGUUCAGGACGGCGUGGGAUCAGCGCUACACCGUGGUGGAGCUGCCGUACCUGGGCCGCUCCCUGAGCCUGCAGGUGGUUCUGCCCAGCGACAGGAAGACGCCGCUGUCCUCCCUGGAGUCCCAGCUCAGCGCCCGCCAGCUGGCCUCCUGGGACACGGGCCUCCGCAGAACCAAGAUGGAUGUCCUCCUGCCCAGGUUCAGGAUGCAGAACAGGUUCAACCUGAGGUCGGUGCUUCCCGCCAUGGGCAUCAGCGACGCCUUUGACCCGACGGCGGCUGAUUUCACCGGAAUAUCAGUGGAGGAGAGUCUCUACGUGUCCGACGCUUUCCAUGACGUGAGAAUAGACGUCACGGAGGACGGGACGAAGGCCGCGGCGGCGACAGCCAUGGUUCUCCUCAAACGGUCCAGAGCUCCGGUUUUCAAAGCGGACCGGCCGUUUUUAUUCCUGCUGAGACAGAUUAACACAGGAUCCAUCUUGUUCAUGGGUCGAGUGAUGAACCCAUCAGAACAACAGGACUGAGACACACACACACUCUUCUCCCC